AUGAAAGCCCCAUUCACCUACCUUUUCCUCAACCUGACCGUCAUGACUCUUGGCCAGAUCCUCGCCAUUCCAGUGGCUCUUCUAGCGGUCUAUAUCUGCAUUCGAAUUGGUUCUAUCCGGAGGCAGUUUCGCGACCUGCCUAAACCACCCCACCAUGCGUUUCUGGGCCACUUUCCCAUCCUCUUGCGUGAGCUCCAGACCGUACCCGGAGAUAUCUUUCUUCCGUUAGUGGUAGAUCUGGUUCGUCGCAAAUUUGACCUACCGGUGGUUUUCUUUCUCGACUUGUAUCCUCUCUUCAAUCCUAUCGUGUUUAUCAGCGACCCCGGCCUCGCGAGAAAGGUUACGCAGGAAGAUCGGUCCCUGCGGUAUCCGGGUGUCUUUGAGACGCUGUAUCCGGCCAUUCCAACCCGAUGGUUUCGCACCGUAGCGGAUCGGGCAUGGACCAAAUGGCAUCCUGUGGUCGGCGUCUCCUUUACAGCUGCGCACUUUAUCCGGAUGGUGCCACAGAUGGCUGAGGACCUGCAAGCUAUGUUAGAUCAACUGAACGACUGGUCCGACCGGGAUCAGAUCUUUUGCAUGGAGCGCGUGGCCACUGAUGCCAUCCUCGCCAUGACUGGGCGGGCGUAUUUUGGUAUGGAGCUGGACUGUUUCGCCCCGAAAAGUCAAUGGACGUCGGCCUUCCGAGCUGCCACCACACCGGUAGUAGCAGCGAGGAACCCUUUGUGGAAGCCAUUUGUGUUGCCGUCGUGGAAGAGACAUGCCCGAACUUUCCAUGCGAUGAUUCGGGAGAAAGUUCAGCAUGCGUUCGACAAGGAUGAAGACCAUGGAGCCGGGGUUCCCUCUUUAUUAGAAUCCUCCUUCGCUGUCUAUCGGAAGAACGGGUUCCACGAGUUUCCUCGAGUCUCCGAAGAAGUCCUUUCCACAGAGUAUCUAGAAGAACUGACCUCUACGUAA